AUGGAGAGACCGUUGCUGCAGGAGCACGUCAUACCCGCCGCUGGGCGACAGUGGUGGACUUGGACGGCCCUUGCGGCCACUGCACUCGUCCUCUCUUGCCUCCAACUCAUCUCCAUUCACCGAGUUGGAGAGUUGCAGUCGGCGGUCGCCCCGCUGACGUUGCAGCUCUCACCAGCGACUGAAGCCGUGCAGCUGAGUCAUCUGAAGAUCAAGGGCAAGUUGCUCGAAAAGCCGGGAAAGUACCUCAUUGGAGGCCUCACUCCGCCCGUCGACCAAGGCUCGCGCGCCAACUGCUGGCUCUUCGCCAUCGUCGGCGUGCUUGAGGACUCGUACCGCCGUCAGGGCAUCGAGCGCGGCUGGCUGAGCGAGGACAUGUACCUGUACCUCUCUCGGCAGUCGCUCGGCAUAUCCAUCAUGGACAUCUGCAAGAAGCACCCGAGUGGGCUGUGCCCGGCCACGACCAGCGCGGACGGGUCGGUCAUCGCCUGGGGGAACACGACCAACUGGGCCGACGAGAAGCUGCUGUGGUACCUAAAGGAGCUGGGCACCAAAGCCCUCCCCGGCUCCGUUUGCCCAUACACCGUCUCGGCGACCGGCGAGAAGGUGUGCGAGGGCAUGGAGGCCGCGCUGCAGACCAACCCGCUCGAGUUCAAGGUCAAGCGCGCCGACAUCUUUUACGACAUUCCCGACAUGCAGCGCGCGCUGAUUGAGAAGAAGCGCGCGCUCACCUUCUCCAUCUCCGUGCUGAAGGCUGAGUUCUUCUUCCCAUGCACGAAGGCCACCGCCAAAACCUACAAGGGUUGCGACCCGGAGGGCGACCAGUGCGUUCCCUGCCCGCUGACCAGGGCCUUUGUGGGCAUCGCCUGCUGCAUCCCGCAGACGCGCGCCGCGGUGACGAUGGCGGGCGAGUGGUACCACCGCCCCAACGGCAAGCAGCUAGUCCUCGGCGGCCAUGCCAUCAACGCUGUCGGAUAUUCGGACAGCUACACAGACGAGUGGGGCAACAAGGGCGGCCUCAUCGUGCGCCAUGCGUGCACGGUGCGCAACUCGUGGAAGGACGGGCUCGGCUUUGCGCACGGCGCCACGGGCCAUGGAUCACACUCGGCCGCGUGGUACAUGCGCGAGGUGAGCGAGAAGGACGAGGCGCUCGUCUGCCCGAACCCGCACAGCCCGCGGGAGUGCGUCGGCGCCAAGGCGGUCCUCGACGCCAAGCAGGCGCACCAGCCGCUCAACCUGACUUGCUCCGACAACUCGAACUUUGUCGCCUCCGGGACCGUCUGCGUCAAGGGUGGGACCUACUUUCUCAACAAUCUCACCGAGUGGGACGGGGAUGGGCUGUUCAUUGCUUGCUUCGUCGGCGACGGCCACCCAGAGGCCCGCGCGCCGCCGCUCCUUCGUGGCGUAGUGUGUGCUCCGCCCCUCCUCCUCGACGACCUCUCCUCGAUCAUGGUCCCGAGCAAGCUCGAGCACAUCAACGACCCGGACGUGUGCGGGUACAACUUCAUCUCGUACGCGACUAUCGAGAAGACUAUGUCCCGCAUCGGCGGCAUCGCGGCCGGCGACUUCACGGUGGAGUGGUCGCGCACGUCGUAUGAGUCGCAAAAGGACUUUUACACGCCGACGCCGCGCAACUACUCGCUGAUUGCGGCGAGCACGCGCAAGAUGCCAAAGACGCGGAUCCAGGCCGGUGGGCUGUGGCUCUGAGACUGGAGCGGGAAAGGACAAAGGACGGGUGAGCGGCUAUCAGGGAGGGGGGAGACAGGGCUGGUGAUGGGAGGAGGUGGUAGGAGCCGCAUAUACACUGUGCCAGUGAGUGAAAAA